CAUGCCAUCAUGCACGUAGCGGGAAGCCUGAUGACGGAAUGACGCAAGGGGCUGUUCAUUCUUGGGCGGUAUUGAUAGGAGAGUUUGAGAGAGUCCAGUCCAGAUCGGUCCCAGGCUUUGGUUGAAAGAAGUGAAGUAUCUUAACUUUAGAUGUUACAAUGACAAUCACCGUAUGCUUACUGCUGACCUUAUUAAUCUUUACGACCCAAAAUGGCGUCAACAGUAAACAUGAGCAGGGAGGUGAGUUCUGUGACGCGAAACCGCAAAGUUUAUGUCAAGGGGACUCCGACUUGAAAACAUCUUCCACAGUAGUCACCUAUUCAGAGCUGAAGCAUUUGUUAGCUGAACGAAAAGUGAGACUCUUUGACGUCCGCAACACUGAUGAGUUUGCAGAGGGACGGAUACCUACAGCUGUCAAUGUACCACUUGGAGAGCUGGGAGAGGCGUUUGGGCUGACUCCAGAUCAGUUUAGAGCACGCUAUGGGGCUCCGCUGCCUCCAGCGGACGCCGCUGAUGUUGUGCUCUACUGCCAGAGGGGGCGCCGCAGCGCACAGGCUCUGGAGAUCAUCAGGGGACUGGGCUACCACAGGGCUCGGCACUAUGCAGGUGGCUACAGUCAGUGGUCUCAAUAAGGCGUCUCCAUCUGU